AGCACGAGAAAUUGAAGCUGAAACGUGACUAUUGACGUUUCAUUCGCGAAUUUCGAAUUUUCGAAAUCGAAUCUUGUGUUUCAAAAAUAUAAUUUACCCAUUUUCCUAUACAAUUUGUGCCUGUGAUUUGUGAGAUAUAUUUUUAAACCAUGGCUUUAUCCAUGUUUUUGCGUGCGCCAGCCCGACUAGCGGCCCCCAGUUCAUGCUUCAGCCGAGUGUUCAGCCAGCAGAUGGCGCGUCUGGCCGCGCAGACCGUGCCCCGCUCUAUGUCUGCCUGCCUACCCGCCUCCACCGUCGCCUUGAAGGAUGCUAAGAUGACGCCUAUCUUUGAUGCUAUGCGUUCCUUCAGCACGUCCCCAGCCCGGCUGAGCGAUGAGACGCCGCACGACCACGCCAAGAUGUGGGUCAUUGAGAAGACCACGUCAGCCAUCCUGAUUGUGCUCAUCCCGCUCGCCCUCGCUGUGCCCAACAAGAUCUUAGACUCGGCUAUGGCUAUCCUCAUCACAGCCCAUAGUUUCUGGGGUCUGGAGGCGAUAGCAGUUGAUUACGUGCGCGCGAGCAUUUUCGGGCCGGUCAUUCCCAAAAUUGCCAUCGGACUGGUGUAUGCCAUCUCCAUCGCGACCCUGGGCGGUCUCUUCUACAUCAUCACGCACGAUGUGGGCAUCUCAAACACGAUUAGGAAUUUCUGGGCGAUCAAGUCCGAGCAGAAGGCGUAA